AUGUCCUGGCCUUCCCAAAUUCCCUUGGGCGCAGCCGCAGCCGUCCUGCUCCUCCUUUUCCUCUCCCUCCGCGCCGUCUACCGCCUCCUUCUCCAUCCCCUCCGCGCAUUCCCCGGCCCCGCCAGCCGAGCAGUAUCCCACAUCCCACACGCGCUCUCCACACUGAGCGGCCACUUGCCACGCGACCUCACGUCCCUCCACGCCAAAUAUGGAGAGGCGGUGCGAACCUCGCCCGACAUGGUCUCCUUCUCGGCUCCAGAAGCGUGGAACGACAUCUACGGGCACAGCACGCGACAGCGGUUCCAGAAAUGGGGCAUGACGCGCAGCCAGGCAGGCGUGGACCACAUCCUGUGCGCCAACGACGCGGACCACGCACGGCAGCGGCGCACCAUCAACCACGCCUUCAGCGAAAAGGCGCUGCGGGCACAGGAAGGGAUCCUCAUGGCCUACGUUGACGGGCUGACGCAGGGGCUGGAGCGGCGGGCGGGCGCCGGGGCGGCGGCAGUCAACGUGAAGGAGUGGCUGGAAUGGACGGCGUUCGACAUCAUCGGGGAGCUGGCGUUCGGCGAGCCGUUCGGGUGCCUGGCGGAUGCGCAGUACCACCCGUGGGUGGCGCUGCUGUUCCCCUUCAUCAAGGCGCUGUCGUUCUUGGGCGUCGCGCGGCUGUACCAGCCGUUCACGCCGCUCAUCGUUGGGUUGAUGCCCAAAGACGCCAUCCGCCAGCGCAUGCAGCACAUCAAGCUCUCGGCGGCCAAAGUGCACGCGCGACUGGCCGCGGGCGAGCAGCCGGACCGGUCUGACUUCUGGACGUACAUCCUGCGGCACAACGGCGACGAGAAGAAGGGCAUGAGCCUGGCUGAGAUGGAGUCCAACGCAGGCAUCUUCAUCACCGGCGGCAGCGAAACCGUGGCCACUGCCCUGUGCGGCAUCUUGUACCUAUUGGCCAAGAACCCCGUCGCCAUGCGCGCCCUGCGGGACGAAGUGACGGCCGCCUUCGCCCGUAAGGAGGACAUCGACAUGAUCGGCGUGGCAGGCUUGAAGGUACUGCACGCCACCAUCUGCGAGGGCAUGCGAAUCUACCCGCCCGUUCCCGCCGGGCUGCAGCGCUUCGCUCCCGCGGGCGGCGCCGUCGUGGCGGGGCAUUUUGUUCCCGAAGGAACCAUCGUCAACGUCUCACAGCAGCCAGCCUACCACUCUGCCGCCAACUUCUUCCGGCCCGAGGCGUUCCUGCCCGAGCGCUGGCUCCCCUCUGCGCCACCCGCCUUCGCCAACGACCGCAAGGACGCGUUCCAGCCCUUCAGCACCGGCCCGCGCAACUGCGUCGGGAAGAACCUCGCCCUCGCCGAGAUGAAGCUGGUCCUGGCGCGGCUCGUGUGGCAGUUCGGGUGGGAGCUGGCCGACGACGGGUUCGCACUCGACGCGCAGAAGGUGUUCAUCAUGCGGGAGAAGCCGGCGUUGAGCCUCAGGCUGUGGUUGCGCGCGGACGAUGCUGCUGUGGAGUAG